AUGACACAGGUGGCAUGGGAUGAUGAUUUGCUUGAAGAAUACAAGAAAUCGUUUGCUGAUAGCAAAUCUGAUGAUGAAUUGAGUGAUUGGUCGGAAGAGAACGACACUGCCGAAGAAAGAGAAUCAACGGAAAUACAAUUUAAAAAUCAAAACGCCAAACAGAAAUUCCCAUUUCGGAACAUUGAAGAUCAAUUCAUAUCUGGAUCAUCAACCAAUAUUUCGGGUUUUUUUGGAACAAUAGACGAAGGAGAAACAUUACAUGAUCAUAAUAUUGAUGACACAAAAUAUUAUAGCUCGCUUUUUGGUGAUGAAAAUGAUCACCAUGACACAGAAUGUAUCAAUAACGUUCAAUCAAUACCCCUUGCCAAAAAAGAAUUGUUUUAUUCUCUCAAUUUUGAUCCUAACAAGUUAAUAACUGUUCAUGUCCCUUUUACUCACUUCCCACAUCAGCAACUAUUUGAACACUACACAAUAUACAAAAUAUCACAAACACCUCCUCUUGGAAAUUAUAGAGUCGUGACUCCUUGCAACCACAUGGUAAAACAACAUGAUUUAAUCAGAGAGAUAUUUUCAAUGCUCAGGGGUCAUGAAGGGUCUAUAUUCAAAAUCAACAAUCAUGGAUCUUUUGAACUAUCCCAUCCCAAUAUUUCCGUUUCUUUUAUAUCACGUACUUUACUUCAUACAGUUUUAAAAUUUUUCAUACAAAUUUCCAAUGAUUUAGAAUCCAUUAAUGUCAAGUGUAUUCGAAAUAUACACUCGGUAAAAAGUAUAAUACUUCAAUCAUAUUACUCAACUCUACUGGAAGUUAUUUUAGAAAUCAGAAGCGAACUUUCAGAGAUGGAGCGACAAAAUCAAUUAGGAAAUAUGAAGGACAACUUGCAAUCAUUGACAUUGCUAAGUUUACGCACGCUUUUGUUUAGAACUGAACAAAAAGUUUACAUACUUAAAAAAUUAGACCAUCAAAUUGAUUAUAUCAUUGACAAUGUAAUGUCUCAAAGAGAUGCAAUAUCAGAUAUUAUUUCCUCCUUCUACGAAAAAAUCACACAUCUACAGUACAUGCAUACCAACACCAAUGACGAAUAUGAUUUGGUUUAUCGACUACUGAUGUCCAUGCUUAAAUCUUACCUGGGAAUAAUGGAUUCUUGGAUAUUCGAAGGAAUUAUUCAAGACAAAUUCCAAGAAUUUAUGCUCUCGAAAAACGACAAUUUGAAUGUUGAAACACCUUUAUUUUGGACUGAAGGAUUUAUUCAAUCCAAAAUUCCAAACAUUUUUUCCAACACCAAGGAUAAAAUUAUUAGUAUUGGAAAAUCCAUUAUCUUGAUGAAAGACAUUGAAACCAAGCACGAAAUUACUUUGGACACAAGCUCCAUAGGUGACUACAUGUUGGAUAAAGAAAAACCUUCUCUCUAUAGACUAUUAGAAACAGCCUUGGAUUUGGAUUCUAGAAAUGGUGAUGUAAACCAUGAAAAUUUUCAUGCAUGUGAGACUUUUAAAACGGAAACAUCUCCAAAAGCACUGACACUGUUACGAUCAAUCCAUAAACCAAGAAAAGAUAACACCAACGAAAAUUCUAACACUGUAGAGCUAUCAUCUCCAAUUUCUAUUUGUUCUGAAUCUAUUCCAAUUGGUUCAAUCCAUUUUAUGAGAUCACCUCCAAAAAAAAAACGAAUGUUAUCCCUCUUAGAAACUGAAGACUUGUACAGCAAUACUAUUUCAGAUCCAACCGAUAACAAGGAUAAAUCAUUCUUCUCACUCGCCACAGACCCCUUUAGGUCAGACGAUCAAACAAGCAAUAUUUUCAAUUUGCUGAAGAAAAAGAGUUUAUCAGAAGUGAUUGACUUUCAGUGCGUGUCAGACAAUCAUUACAUGUCUUCAAGCAAGAUACUUGAACAGCCUAUUGAAAUUAAUUUUGAGUUAGGUCUUUUUAAGAAUAUUAAGGAACAAUAUUCACGCAUAGCUCCCUACUUGUGCAAUUUGAUAGUUUAUAGAUCGAAGCUCAUUGACCAUCUCACAGCUAUUCGAGCUAUUUUUCUAAUGGAAGCAGGUGACAUUAUGGACUACUUUUCAACGCAGUUGUUUCAUCUUUCUGAUCGAUUCAUUGCAUUCGAUUUUCGCGGUAUUACCACAUUUGACAUCCAAAUGAUAUUGAGAGAUACUUUGCGUCUUGGAGUAGAAUAUCCAAGACGAUACUCUUUUGCAACUAACAAUUCUACCUCUUUUUAUACUACCGACGUAUUUUCAUCUCUUACUUUAGAAGAUAAAAUAUCUGUGAUCUUCGAUGACACCAAGAUCAAGAUCGAAGAUGGAAACUUUUUUGAUGGGCUAGUAUUUAACUUUGAAUUAGAGUGGCCUCUCAACGUUAUUAUCUCUACAGAACAUGUUCAGCACUACAAUGAAGUGUUGAUUUUUAAUCUUAAACUUAAACAAGCAAAACAAGUAUUGGAAAUCAUGAGCUUGAAAACCGACGCCUUUGUGCAUAGAGGAAAUGCCUAUCUCAAAUUUUAUAGCCUCUUAAACCAGUUGAAACAUUUCAUAAGCGCUGUUCAGUAUUAUAUGAUGAAUAGAAUAUUACAUACUUUGUGGAAUGAAUUAUGUGACAAUGUUCUAUCGUCACAAGAUCUUGAUGAUUUACGAAAUUAUCACCAGGACUAUAUGAAUAAGAUUAAGGAUCGAUUUCUCCUCAAAAAAGCACAAUUUGUGAAAAAUCACAUUUUCAAAGUUGUGCAAAUUUGCAUAACACUUCGCACAAAAUUGAAUAACUUUAAGGAAACACAAAGAGAAGAUAUAUUUUUAUCAGAGUUACUUGAAAUGGAGGACGAGUUCAAGAAAAGUUUCAAAAUGUUGCUUACCAUCAUUAACAGCAUCCUUUCUAGGGGCAUUCAUGAACACUGUAAGUUGUCGAAAUGA